AUGUCGAAGUCGUUCAAGAAGUACGCAUGUAUAGGCCUCUGCGUGUCCAUCUGCAUCUUGGGGCUGGCCCUCUUCGGCUUCUACAUCGGAGCCGGAAGGUAUCUGGCAGUGCCCUUUUUCCAGGUGCUGGAUUUCCAGCUCGCGGGCCUGGACGAGAGCCUGGCUUCGUCGAAGGUGAACACCGAGAGCACGUUCACGAUGGAGACUCGCAAUCAAGGCAAGAAGAUGCACCUCUACUACGACGACUUCUAUUUCUCGGUGCACUGGAAGCAAGUGAACAUGGGCCAUGGCAAGGCUGCAGGAUUCGAUCAGGGAACCAAGAAUUCCACGUAUAUCCAUGGGAGCUUCAGGUCGAGCCCCGCCAACAUCGAGCUCGGUGCGAGCGAGGGAGCAGAAUUGGCAGACGCUCGAAACAGUGGGCUGCUCACGCUUUCCAUCGAUGUGGACGUAAGAACCCAAUGGAAGGACAUAUCUGGCCUGAAGAGCGACAAGUUUGAUGCACGCAUAGAGUGCAAAGUGAGCAUCAGUCCCCAAAUUGCCUCCGGGUCCCAGCUUGUGUACCAGAAAUGCGAAGUCCUGGAUUUCAAAUGCCUCGCGGGCUGUUGA